GGUCUCAUGGAUUCUGCCUGCACUCUGCGACCAUUCCGCAGUAACACGUCGUCCAAGUCGGUUUCGCAGCGUUCCCUGGACCUAGCCUCUUGCCACGAGGCAUCACUCAUCCUCGAGAUGCUCAAAGAACUGAUUUAUCGAGGGACCAAUUUCUUUUAGUGAUCCUCUUCUUCUCUGGAUAAACUUUAUCCUUCAAAUGAUUUUGAUUUCUUGAAAAGUCUCUCGAUCGGUGGAAUUUCACGUGCCAAAUAUGGUUAGGAUUCCUUGAACUCUUUGGUUUCGAGGUGGUGAACGGUGAACAGGAUAACUUUAACAAGUUUCGCGUCAAAGGAUAUCGUGGCCGGCGAUUCUCGAAACAUUCGAGAUAAAAGUCAUUGGCUCUUAGGAAUCAAUUGUGUUUCGGUUGUUCCGAUGACGUUUCGUUUUUCGAAUCUAAAAAGAUGAAAGAUUAUGAAGAAGGUCGAGAGGAUUUUAUCAUGGUGAACAACGAUGCUUGUCGUAAACGCCUCGAGGAGCGGAAGUGACAAGAAUCUUUUGGUGUUUGAAGAGUUCACGGAAUGAUUGAGAAUUAAAAUGUGUUUACCCAUUGGUGUUUCGAGUGACUGCUUUGGCUGACACUUCCGCGACCGGUUGUUCGACAAACAGAUGAGAUAUGAGUUACGUCGUGUGAAAAAUGAUCGAUUUCCCGCGAAAUAUCGGAAAUUUGAAGAACGAUACGAUGGAAAUGAUCCAACACGGAUUGUGUUAUCGAUAUUAAUUCAAAAGUAAAGUGGUUCUCUCCGAUAAAAAGUGGAAAAGUGGUCAAUCUUGUCCAGAGCAAUAAUUAACUCGUCUUUAACGACUUUGGAUACACCCGGUUCGGCAAGAUGGCGGCCUGCAGCGGCUUACUCAUUAUUCUGCGAUUACUUCUCAUCGCCGUGGCGUCGACCGUGCCAGGAACAUGGAUAAAUAUCGGUUUGCAACACUAUCCGCAAUUGGACACCGCUCAAAUGAUGGAGACUUACGACGUAGCCGCGUCUAGCAUUUGUCACGGGUUGAAAGGUCUUUCGCAAGGCCAAGGAAAGCUUUGUCAGUUAUCGGUGGAUCAUAUGCCGAGCGUGGCUAAGGGUGCAAAAUUUGGGAUUCUUGAGUGUCAACAUCAAUUCCACGAUCGAAGAUGGAAUUGUUCCACUGUCUCUAAUGAAUCCGUGUUUGGACCUAUGCUUAGAAUAGGUAUAAAUCUUUUAUACGCGAGUAGAGAAACUGCAUUCGUUCAUGCAAUCACAACUGCAGGAGUGGUGUAUUCAAUAAGUCGAUCUUGCAGAGACGGACAAUUAUCUUCGUGUGGUUGUUCUAGAAGUAGCAGACCCAGAGAUCUAAAACGAGAUUGGAUCUGGGGUGGAUGCGGGGAUAAUCUCGAAUACGGUUAUAAAUUUACACAAGCAUUUGUUGAUGUAAAAGAACGUGAAAGAAGCUUUAAAAGAGGUAGCAGAGAACAAGGUAGAAGUCUGAUGAAUCUUCAUAAUAACGAAGCUGGACGUAGGGCGGUUAUAAAACGAUCCAAAGUAACAUGCAAGUGCCAUGGAGUUUCUGGAAGUUGCAGCUUAAUUACUUGCUGGCAGCAACUUGCAUCAUUUCGAGAAAUUGGUGAUUUUCUUUUAGAUAAAUACGAUGGAGCAACAGAAGUCAGAGUAAACAGACGUGGUCGUUUAUCUAUGCGAGAUCCAAGAUUUUCGUUACCUACAGCGAAUGAUUUAGUUUAUUUGGAUGACUCUCCAAAUUAUUGUCUUCCUAAUGAAACACUCGGAUCAUUAGGUACACAUGGAAGAAUUUGCAACAGAACAUCAUCUGGCAUGGAUGGAUGUAAUCUCCUUUGUUGUGGUAGAGGUUACAAUACACAAAAAUCAACCAUUAAAGAAAGAUGCGAAUGCAAAUUUCGUUGGUGUUGUUUCGUUGAAUGCAAAACUUGUGUCAAAAGCGUAGAUAUUCAUACUUGCAAAUAAAAUUUAAAUUAAUC